AUGGCCUUCACCACUGGAAGUCCUACCAUCCUGCUUCUCUUCGUCGGCGUCGUCACUAUUGCCUAUGUUGUAGCUCGUAAGAGAUUCAGCCAUGACCCUCGUGAGCCACCGCUGGCUCCCCAGUCCAUCCCCAUUAUUGGGCAUAUGGUAGGACUGGCUCGCUCAAAAUUCAACUACCAUGUCGACCUUAGCAAGCGGGUAAACUCCCCGCUCUUCACGAUGCCACUGCCGGGCCAGAAGAUGUAUGUGGCCACCACCCCGGAGCUCAUUCAGAAGGUCCAGAAGCAGCACAAGACGCUCGCGUUCCCACCUGUCGCGGCCAAGUUCGCCUCCAAGGUCUGCGGAACAAGCCGAGAAGCCCAGGCCAUCUUGGGCGUGAAUGUGAAUGGCGACGAGGGCGACUUUGGCCUGUCGAUGGAGUCUGCCGCGGCCAUCCGGAACGCGCUCAAGCCCGGCCCACUGCUCGACGAUCUGAACCACGCCAUGAUCCAAGAAAUCACAAAGGCGUUGGACCUGCUGGAGCCGCCCAGAGGUCAGUCACGAGAGAUUGGCAUGUACGCCUGGCUGAGGGCUGCCAUCACCACUGCGACGACGAGGUCGGUCUAUGGUCCGCUGAACCCUUAUGAUGACAAGUCCGUUGCCGAUGCUUUCUGGGUAUUUGAAGAAGGGCUCAUGGCACUGCUGGUCGGCUUCCUUCCUUCAAUCACCUGUAGAAAGCCUACUGCUGCACUCAAGAAGGUCUCUAAAGCCAUCGAAGCAUACUACAGAGCUGGGGGAGCAAAGGAUGCUUCUGCUCUCGCUCGGGACCGCUAUCAAUCAGGAGUUGACAACAAUGUUCCGGUGGAGGACAUUGCCCGCUAUGAGGUGGGAGGCUCACUUGCGAUCCUUGUCAACACGGCGCCAGCAGCAUUCUGGGCUCUGUUUCUAUUCAACUCGCACCCAGAUCUCCUUGCAGAUAUCCGCAAAGAGAUCGAUGCCUGCACCGAGACGGCCACGGAGAAUGGCGCUACCAGGAAGACUGUUGACAUAACGGCGCUGAAGGAAGGCUGUCCUCUCUUGCUCUCCGCCUACCAAGAGGUCCUCCGGUACAGCUCGAUGGGUACAUCGGUGCGAGAGGUGAUGGAAGACAUCUAUCUGGACCAAUGGCUGCUCAAGAAGGGUUCAAUGCUCCAAAUGCCAAGCCGUGUCAUCCAUCAGAACGCCGACCUCUGGGGCGCAAACGUCACCGACUUCAACCCGCGCAGGUUUCUCCCCGAGGAGAAGCAGAACCGCCCGCGCGAUGUCUGCUUCCGCGCGUUCGGCGGCGGCAAGACCCUCUGUCCCGGCAGGCACUUUGCCACCAACGAGAUUCUUGCCGUUGUUGCUGUAUUCAUAGCGAGGCUAGAUUUGACGCCAGUUAAGGGGGUAUGGAAAGCUCCUACUACCAACAACACCAAUAUUGCGACGGUGAUCAUGGAGCCGGACGAUGACAUUCAGGUUGUGGUGAAGACACGACCGGGAUUUGAAGGCGUCAAAUGGGCCAUCAAACUUGACAGGUCGGAGAAGAUAUUUGCAAUGGUGACGGAGGAUACUGGAGAGACAGAGUAG